AUGGAAGACAUGGACGCUGUCAACUCCAAGAUCCUUGAUACUCCGGACACGACGAUUGCUGACAAUCAUGGUGAGCCUGCAGGAAAGGCGCCCGUGGAGUUCGAGCCGCUGGAGAUUGACGACAGGCCAAGUCCUCGAUCAGGGCUCAGGCUGAUCGCCAUUCUCGUGGCCCUAUAUCUCGCUCUAUUCAUUGCCGCGCUCGACCAGACGAUUAUGGCAACAUCCAUACCCACCAUAUCUUCACAAUUACACUCUGCUUCCGGCUAUGUCUGGAUAGGGGGUGCUUAUCUACUGGCCAACGCUGCUGCAGGACCAAUCUGGGCGAAAUGCUCUGAUAUUUGGGGUCGGAAGCCUGCAAUUCUUGGAGCAGUAGCCCUCUUUGCUGGUGCCAGUAUCAUGGCCGCUUUGAGUGUGAACAUGAAUAUGCUCAUUGCUGCUCGAGCUCUCCAAGGUACUGCCGGAGGAGGUCUCCUCCAACUGGUCUUCAUCACGAUCUCGGACUUGUUCAGUAUGCGGGAGCGUGUACUGUAUCUUGGCUUGACGGAAGUCCUGUGGGCCAUUGCUGGUGGUGCUGGUCCGCUCAUUGGUGGCGCUUUCACGCAACUCGUGUCCUGGCGUUGGUGUUUCUGGGUCAACUUGCCGUUCUGUGCCAUCACUUUCGCACUGUUGUUCUUCUUCCUGGAUGUGCACAACCCUCGGACACGUCUGGUAGAUGGCUUAUCUGCAAUUGACUGGUUUGGAACACUAUCACUUCUAGCUGUGAUAGUCAUGAUACUUCUAGGGCUGGACUUUGGUGGUGCAGUCUUUCCAUGGAACAGUGCUACCGUGAUAUGCCUGAUCGUCUUCGGCGCUGUUAUGAUUGGAGCAUUCCUCCUGAGUGAGAAAAAGCUGGCGAACUAUCCUCUGAUGCCCCUUGGAAUGUUCAACAAUUGUUCGAAUGUGGCAGCGUUUGUGAUUGGAGUCACGCAGGGCAUGUCUUACAUCGCGGCCGAAUACUACCUUCCACUAUACUUCCAAUCUGUGAAGGAGGCUUCACCUAUCCGGAGUGGCGUGCUCAUACUGCCUAUCACGCUGUCAGAGGCUGCAUUCGGUAUCAUCACGGCUCUAGUGAUGCAUCAGACGGGCCGUUACAGGGAGAUCAUGUGGAUCGGUACUUUCCUGGUCACGCUUGGCACCGGCCUCUACAUCGCUUUCGACGUUGAUACAAGUCUUGCAAAGCUCGUAGGCUUCAUGCUAAUUGGCGGGAGUGGCUGUGGGUUCCUUUUCGAGGCUCCUGUCAUAGCCCUGCAGAACACGGUUUCCCAAGCAGACACAGCUACGGCUACAGCUACAUUCGGACUACUACGAAACGUGGCAACAUCCGUAUCGAUUGUCAUCGGCGGGGUGGUCUUCCAAAAUAGGAUGAACUCAGAAGCCGUCAAACUACAAGCAGCAGGCUUAAGCGAUAGCCUUAUACAUGCUUUCCGUGGGUCGCAAGCUGCUGCAAGCGUGGACAUCAUCAAGACGAUCACAGAUCAAGUGCAAAGGAGAGCUAUUCAGUCUGCGUUUGCGUCUAGCAUGCGUGACAUGUGGAUACUGUAUGCUUGCAUUGCUGUAGUGGGUCUUAUGGCAGCGCCCUUCAUCAAGCAGACGCUUCUGAGCAAGGAGCAUACAGAGACGAGGACUGGCAUUGAACAGAUGACGAAGAGGGAGGCUCUCUGA